AUGGCGACUGUUGCAGCGAUACCUCGACCUUCCAAGCGGUCACGCACGACGAGCAAGGCGCUCACGCUUGAUCAGCUGCCGAACGACCCUGCAGAGCUUCAGAGCAAGCUGCUCGAGCUCUCUGGCAAUGUCCUGUCAGAAGCGCUGGAGAUGUUGUUCAAGGUGAGCGUCUACAAUGUUUGGGCAAGGAGACGCUGUAGGCCUGUUCGCGACUCAACCAACACCCCUGCUAUCCACCUGGCCAAUGUAGCACGCUAGGGAAACAAGCAAUCAGACCCCAGUCGGCGAGGUGCUGCACAGUGCAGCCACCGAAGCGCUCUACCGCGUCUCGUCCAACGCACAUCCAUCUGCCACAGCCAAAGGGCAGAAGCAAGAAGCGACGAGGUCGCCCAGGCGAUGUGGAACGUUCAACGACGGCACGUUCACCUCCGAGGACUAUGCUCAGCUAGUCCGAUGCGACACUUACCGCGUAGAUGCUCUGUCCCUGGUUUGGAGAGAAGUUCCGACGCAGGACAAGAGUCGAUGCGCCAGCAAGACUCUCGCAAGCGUCAAAGCUACCCAAGCUCAUCAGGAUGCUGCUCGGCUUGCUAGAGCAGCGCUGCAAUUGUUGCCAGACGAGCCAAAGGCAUAUUAUAGAGCCGCUGAAGCGCUAAGAGCUUGUGGGCAAGGACAGCAGGCUUUGAAAGCGAUCGAGAAGUCUCCCAGAACUUCGCCGAGGGAUGCGUCGUCUUGGAAUUAUGCAUUCACCCAACUGCAAGCACGACUAGAUGGACCGACGGUGAACCUGCUUUCGGUGAGGAUCCGCGUAUUCUUGACGCUUCAUGAAGCACUUGUUCGUCGCUUGUAACCUGACGAUAUGUUGCCUUUCCUUUCCGCCUCCUCUUUGCGGCAGGACGACACCCUGUCCGCAAUCUUCGCUCAACUCCCGCUGCGAACUCUCAACAUCCUUGGCGAGGUUUGUCCACGCUGGCGCUCCGUCGUCGAAACACCAGAAUUGUCUCGUCACCUCACCAUAAAUCUGGACAAUCGAGACUGGCGCAAAGCUGCAUUGCGGGAAUGUCGGGCUGCUGAGCAUCGCGUCAAAACUUGGAUCAUUGAGCCCUCGAAGAAUAAAGCUGCGGCCGAGCUCUUGAAAUUGGCUGGCGAGCAGGAAAGGACUGCUUUGAAAGGCUUCUUUCACCUUCAUGCUUCAAUCGCUAAAAGCGGCGCUAUGGCUUGCUUGAACGAAACGCACCACUUCAUCAGGUGGGCUUGCGAAGCGCCUCAUCUGCAACACCUCGUCUUGCCCAAAGGAUCGCUGGCAACGCGCGAGUGCACGCGGAAGACCGCCGUGGAGUUUAGGGCCAGAGUGCAUGACAGACACAUUCCCGAACGCGACUUGAAGGAUUAUCUGGACUGGUAUUCUUGCGAUCUGCCGGUCUUACCCGCAAGCCUUUCAGCGCGUGCCUUGAAGACGUUGGUCGUUCCAGAAUUUCAUAUUUGGGAGCCGAAGAUGUGGGCAUCGCUGGAACAUUCGCUACGGCAUCUCCGAGUCCACAAGAAUGGUUUGCUUUGCGCUUUGAUGGAUGUGCUCUACCGAACAUGCCAGACUUUGGAGACGCUCAACUGGUGCUUCGUGGAAGAUGCUGGCCUCAUGUCGAGGAUGAUGGAGACGUGCCAUUAUCCUCCGGACAUGCGCCUGCCGGCGGCGUGUCCGCAGCUGCGAUAUCUUCGCCUUACUAGUCCGCCCGGCUGCCGAAGGGCUCCGCUCGAGUGGCACAGUCUCAAAGAAUGCUCUUUCCCCGCUUUGGAGGUCGUCGACAUACAGCUCGGGCAACAGCACAUGCUUCCUCUUUCUAGCCUGCCCUCUUUGCGCGUCUUGCACAUCCAAGCAGCUCCCGGCAAGGCCGAUGCCAUUCGACCUUGGGAAGAUCUCAAGGUAGUGGAGCGACUUUUGCAUGGAUGGCCCGAGCAGCCGCCCACCUGGCUAGGCGCUGCCGAGGUUGUUGUUCACAAGAUCGGCGUUGCUGAGCUGGUCGACUUGUUCGACACGACGCCCAAUCAUUAUUUGCCGAGGAUGAUCUCCUCCAUAGUCAUAGGUGCAUCGAUCCACGAUGAAUUCGCGCUUCGUGCUGAUGGUGCAAGUCGCACAGCAGCACCGUGCUGGUCUGCAGAAGGCUGGGUAGGCUUCUUGCGUCGAUGGGUGGCGCUCCGUUUCGCAAUGCAUCGACAAGCUCCCAAAAAUGUCAUCGACUACAUUUGCGAUUUCGACAAUCCACUUCCACUCAACAAGCCAGCUAUUCAGGUGGAGAAGAAGCAAAGCGGUAGUCCCUUUUCGCGCAACACUUCCGCCUCGAACAUCACGCCGACUGUUGGGCAGAUCUUGCAAAAGUCGCGCAUCCGACUGCUAGAAGUCUGGCAGUACUUGGACCCUUCUUGUGAUCCUGCAGCUUCUACACCACACGGCGUCCGAGGUGACGCUAUGCCCUUGCGUACCGUGUACUUGGCCCAGAGCGAGCUGAAUCAGAUCCGCAACGAGGAGCGCUGGUUCAACGAGCAUGGCGUCGAAUUUGUCCUGAUCAAGUCCACAGCGGAUGCAGCCUAG